AAUACUAAUCUAGUGUUGAUAAAUAUGAUAAUCUAUCAAUCUAGAUUUAGUCUAGAUCUAUUCUAUAGAUUCUAAUCUAGAUCUAAAUAUAGAGUACCUGUUUUUUUUAAGCCUAGAUCUAGAUAUCAAGAACAAGAUAUAAUCUAGUUCUAGAUCUAUUUUGACCUGGUUACAAAAAUGGACAAAAAUAAUGUUGCCAGCUAUGCAAUGGCCUUGGCCAAUCUUCCAGAUAUUGAAAGGGCUAUGGAGUAUGCUGAGUAUGUAUUGGCAUGCUCAGAUCAAAGUCCUUCAACAUUUUUAAAAUCCAGUCUAGGGUCGACAAGCAAAAGUAAAUCUAUACAUCAAAAACUUCUAGAUCUUUUUAUUGAAGAAACAAUGAAAGAACCAGACAACAAAGACUUGGUCUAUGCUAGUCAUCUGCUUGCCAAGUUAACCAAGAGAGAGCGUUUAAAUUGUAUGGUUUUAAGUCUUUAUCCUGGGAAUGAAGGCUACUCAAUAAUGUUACGAUCAAAAAGUGGAGUUGAGUCAGAAACCAUGAAGCUUCCUUAUGAGGAAUCUGAAAUUUUAGAAUUUGUUGAUGCAGCACAGCUUCCACCAUUUCUUCUUGAUCUGUUGGAAAAAGCACAGAUGAAUGUGUUUUAUAGUGGUUGUGUUAUUGUGGAAAUAAGAGACUACCGUCGCUCAGCAACCGGGUCCCAUGACACUCAGUAUGUUCUACUACGACCUUCUCCACAGUCAUUACUAAGAGACAUCACUGUAAUGAGCUGUGAUGGACAUACAUGGACACAAGAUGACCUCUUCCACCUGGAAAGUGAGUUGAUCUUGGCCACAGAGGAGCCCCUCUGUCUUGACCCAUCCCCUGCUGUCAUGUUUGUUGAAAAUGCUUUACAAUUUGAAGAAAAGCUAUUCAAUGAUCCAGCUCUUAAAAGGUGUAUAAAGCCAUGCACACAGUCAGCUGUCAAUCGUAAACGUAAACUUGCUCAAGCCCCUGCACCAAAAGGAAUGCAGCUAUAUGAUUUUAUUACUAAGAGGAAGGAGAAAAAUAAAAAUGCUGCUUCCAAUGCUCAAAGUAAAAAAUUGGCUAUUGAUGGUUUUAAGCACAAGCCUCAACUACAAUUAGCUGCUCCUGAAUCAAUAGAUGUGAAAAAGUUUGUCAAGUUGUCAAAUCCUCCCACAAGCGAUGGAAUGAUAUUCGUUGAAGAGCACACCAUGGAGAGAGACCCCACUUUAGAGCGUCACAUGAUGGCUAAAAUUACCAUCUACCAGCCACAGUUGGGGGACAACUACAUUGGAGAGUUUUAUUUGGACCAUGAUUAUACCCAAGGCAGAACUGGAGAGGAAGGGAGGAAAUGCAGAUUUGUUAUUGGUUCAAGACAGUGUGUAGAUAGGUACCUUCAGCAGUUUAAAGAUCUUUUUACUGAGGAGGGUAAACUACAAGUGAAAAUUGCUAUACUCAAAGCAAAUGAGACAGCCCCAACAAUUCAUUAUACACAGAUGAUAACUCCCACACAAACUAUUCCCAACUUGACACCCACUGCCAUCACCAUCAACAACGCUCAGACACUAAUCAAACAAGUAGCAGCAGCCAAUCCUCACUUGGUGAAGGCAGCAGACAUGGGCACAGUGGCCAGCCUUGCCGCCAAGAGAAACAUCCCAAUACAGCUCUCCCUGUCUCUCAGUCCAGCUUGCAGUCUGUCCACAACUCCAGGUAGUAUUUUUGCUCAAGCCAAUGCCGCUGGUAUCCCAUCAUCCUUAUCAGCACAGUUUAUUGCCUCCACAGUGCCAUCUGGUUCCACAAACCUAACGGCACAAAGAAUAAAAGGCCCAGUGACAAUAGGAAGUCAGCAAAGACCCAAUUCCUCUCCACUGGCCAGUCCAGCCACAACACCGAAAGUAUCAACUCCUCAACAACCUUUACUACCCACAUCAGCAUCUAUCAUGGCCAUACCAAAAGUUCCAACUCCAACUCCAGCACAAACGCCUCCUCCAAAUGCCCGUACUCCUACACCUACUCUUUCUGGGGCUCGCAGAUCUUCUGCCACAGAGCAACAGUCAACUUCCAUUGGUCAACAGCAGCAAGUUCAGCAACAAAAUCUGGCCAAUUUUUUGCAAGGUUUAGCGUCUGCAAAUAGUCAGGGCAAUUCAGAUGGGCAGCAGCCACAGUCUCAGCAGCAACCGUCUGGUAUCACAAAUAUCAGCAUUGGUAACUUGAGUAACCUCCCUCCAAACAUCAACAUUCAAGGACUGACUGGUAUACCUGGAGUAAAUAUAACCAGUCUACCAGGGCUGCAGCAGGUGUCUGUGGCCCAAAUUGCUGUCCCCAUCACAAUGAUCAAUAACAAUCCAUCUAUUUUACAAACACAGUCAGCAUUGCUAGGUACUUCAUCCACUACAACAGGUACCAAUACAGCCACAUUUGUUACCAUGGUGACUGCUUUCCAGGGUUCCACCUCGAACACAUCGACUACAACCAGCAUGUCUAUGUCAUCACAGAUACCAUCAUCAUCAGGCUCUGGAGUUUUAACCUUUCCAGUGGGUCUAACACAACUUAUGCCCAUCACAUCCAAAACACAAGGUCAAGGUAUCAGAAGCUCAACUAUGCCAGUUUUACAGCUACAGAAUCAGCAAAUCCAAUUAGUGAGUGUACAGCAGCAGAGGGGUCCAGUCAAGUCUGGCACAUUGACCACCACCUCAGCCCAACAGGUUACUAGGUUAGCACAGGGGGCUACCUCAACAGUACCACUUUCAACAGUUCUGACUGGCCCACAGAUGACAGCCUUAGCUGUAGGAGGCAAGCCAGGACAAACUGGGGGCACAACUAUCACUGCCCAGCAGUUAAUCCAGCUGACCAGUGGUGGCUCCGCUUCACUUGGCCAAGGUGCCACACAUGUUGCAUUCCAAAAGGGACAGACAGGGGGCCACAAAACACUUCAGUUUCAUUCGCUUCAGUUGAAACCUACAGGAGCUACAACCAUUGCGCAGGCACAGGGGGUUGCUAAGAGCAAGAGCAAAAAAAGAACAACCCCCACACCACCAAAGUAGCCCUAAGUCACAUUUUUUUUGUUUUGUUUUUUUAUUUCUUUCUUUCAUGAGUAGUUUGUGUAUCAAAACUAUGUGUCCAUGUUUUUUUUAUUUUAAAUGAAAGUAAUAGUGUUGUCUGUUCAUUAGAUUCUAAUCUUGUUUUUUUUUAAAUAUUGGUAUUUUAUGUGAGAUUUCAAUACACGAACCAGUGUACAAAGUUUUCAACAUUUAUAAAAUUUUUAAAACUGAGUUAAAAGAAAAACAACCAUUUUGUGUUUUCCAGCUCUCUUCAAAUUGUUUUUACUUAACUAAUGAUUUACUUACUCUAGAACCUUUUGGUAACAGUUUGAGAAUCAUUUUUGUAGUGGAAAAUAUAGAAUAAUCUUAAGGACCAUCUUGUGUGCCUCUGUCCAUUUUCUAGUCAAAUCAUUUUACAAAAUAUUAUAGUUUCAUUGCUGAGAUCUUUGCUAAAUAUGGAGAGGGACUGGUAUCCUGGAGUUAGCUCAAAAUGUUAUGAUAAACAAUCCAUCCUUCUGAACCCAUUGCUUCAUCUCAUCUAAAAACAAGGUUUUCUUCAAUGCUAGCUGUCUAAAUUGGGGCUAAUAAUGUCAAAUUAAAGUAUUUCUUUAACCAACAAGCUGUCUAAAUUGGGGCUAAUAAUGUCAAAUUAAUGUAUUUCUAUGACCAACUAUUAAUAAGGAUGAUCUGUGGUAAAUACUAGAGCUAUUUGAAUUUAUCAUCCUAAUUUAACCUUUGAGUUGCAUCCUCUGGAUGCCAUAAGGGAAUGUACUAUCCAACUACUCAUUUCUCUCAAUCCUGUCUCUUUGAAUCUGCGCCUGUUAGUGUUUGCUUCAAUUUUGUUGGUUUCCAUUUGGCGAUUAUGCCUUCGUAUGUAUCCUGAAGGAUUAUCGCGCAAAAUAAAUCUGUCUUAUGCUAUGUCCAAACCAUCCACUUAAUCUCCUCACAGUUGCUAACUAUUCCCCAUGUUUGCCUGCCAAGGCUUGGAAUUGUAGAUUGACAAACUUGUUAGAUUUCUUCGCCUGAAAAUCCUAAAUUAAAAAUUCAGUGCUUCAUCUAGGGGUAAACUUUCUUACCUAAGAUCUCUUCAAUGAAUUUCCACACACUAGAUCUCAGUGGUGAACUUUCAUACACAAGAUCUAGGUGGUGAACUUUGAUACAUAAGGGAUAUAGUGGUGAAGUUUCAUACAUAAGAUCUAGGUUGUGAAACUUUCUACAUAAGAUGUAAGUGAUGAACUUUCAUUUUACAUACACAAGAUCUAGGUGGUGAAAUUUCAUAUACAAGAUCUAGGUGUUGCUUUAGUAGGUCUAGGUGUGAUUAAUUUGUUCCUGUUAUUUUAAAAGAAAUUCACAUUUCAAAUAAGUUCUUGUUAAGUAUGAAUAAAUGUUAUUUUACUUCCUCAAUUUUCAAAAUGUGCUUUUUAAAAAUCAGUUUUAAAACUGCUUCAGUUAGUUACUUAUUUCUUUAAAGUUUUCUUUAAAAGUGUUUUAAAUAUUGUGCACAUCAGAUAUCAUUGUGCUUUUUUUCUUUUAUAUUAAAUAAUAAGAUAUAUUUCAAAAAUACUCUCUACAAUUGCUAGAAAUGAAUUGAUUGUGAUGGUCUUUAUGGUGCUUGCAGAGAAUAAUUUUAAUUGACCUAAUCCCUAGUUUAAAAAAAAAUAGUUUCACAAUGUGUUAAACCUUUUGUUUUUAAAUAGCAUUGUUGACACUUUAUAGUAAAGCAAUGUUUUGUUUGAGUGUGGUAUCUUUCUGUACAAUGUUUGAUUGGUCACAACUGCAAUGUCUCUUUAACAUGCUAUAUAUUAGUUGUAUGAUUCUUUUGUUUUACCAGAUCCUAGAAUUGUGUUCUAGAUAUGUUUUUGUUUACUUGGCAGCAUUAAUUGUGACAAUGCAAAUAUGAUGUCUAUUAGUAGACUCACAUUGAAACAAAGACUUUGAGCCACUUUGUUGCAUCUGAAGAUUAUAUUUGAUGUGAAUUUGAAGCCUUUACAGCCUAACAGUGGGCCUACCUAUGUGUUGAAUUUAUUAAAUGUCAUCUGCAGGCUGGUUAAGAUCUCAUUUUGAGGCUUAUAAGCCUUACUGUUAUUGUUUUAUUAAUUUAGUCUUUGUGAAAAAUAAUAAUUGUAAAUAGUAACUUAUAUCUAUGACCAUCCUGUGAAAUUUAAAUAAUUAAUUGUAAAUUGUAUUAUUUAUGUGUUUUAUACCAAAUGAUCAUUCAUCUGAAAUGUUCCAAUACACUUGUAAUAAACUGUAAAUAAACUAUGUACCAAAUAGAAUUUUGAAGUCAAUGAUUUUUAAGUGU